UGACCGUAGCUAUAGAUGGAGCUCAGAAACACAACGCAGACAGACAGACCGAACCAGCCCGCUGAUAUAUCAAUGGACUGGACUACAUUUAUGGACGACAUUUCCUGUGCUGGAACCAGAUGAUCUGCCCAUUGACUUCCUCUGCAGGCUGUACCUGGAGUGUUUACGGACAGGCUAUGCUAAGCUAACACCCCACGUCAGCUUAGCCAGAAACCGGGAAAGAGUGACGAGAAGAGAGAGUGUCAAAAAGAGAGAGAGAAGAGAGAGAGAAAGAAGAAGAGAGUGGCAGAGUGGAGAUCCCAAGAAAGACAAGAAUCUUGAGGAGAAAGAGAGAGAUAGAGAGAAACAGCAAGGCAGAGAGAGAGAGAAAUCGAUUCAGAGAGAUAGGGACUGAGACAGAAAGAGAGACUGAGAAAAAGACAGACAGAGAGACAGAGAGAUAGAAAGACAUUGAAUUGAAUAGAGAGAGACAGAGAGAGAGAGAGAGAGACAGACAGAGAGACAGACAGAGAGAGAGACAGAGAGAGAGACAGAGAGACAGAGAGAGAGAGACAGACAGAGAGAGAGAGACAGAGAGACAGAGAGAGAGAAGGUGAGGUGUGGGAGGUGCGGACCAUGGGAGAGGAGACAACCAGCAUCGACUUCCCCGAGGAGGGCGGGGCCACGUCCAGUGAGGAGGAGGAGCCGGAAAGACCGUCCAACAUGUGCCCCGUUGUCGUGGCAACGGGCGCCGCCAUCUCCACCGUCGCCACAGCCUCCGUCGUCAUCGCCCCCGUUCCCGCCACCGGCGCACGCAAACGAGUCACCGGCACCAGAAAGGCGGACAUUGCCGCGGCAACGCGCGACAAGGCAAAGACCCCCAAGUCCAAGGGGGCCUCUCUCCAGACCCAGGUCCCCUCUGGACCGAAGAGGCCCAAGAAGAGUCCCCCGUCCUUGGGUCCGGCCCCGGCCCUGCCCAUGGCGCUGUCGCCCGGAGGAACCACCCUGGAGGACCCGCAAGCCCAGCGCGUCAUCGCUAACGUGCGCGAACGUCAGAGGACCCAGUCCCUGAACGACGCCUUCGCCUCGCUGCGCAAGAUCAUCCCCACGCUGCCCUCGGACAAGCUGAGCAAGAUCCAGAUCCUGAAGCUGGCCUCCAGGUACAUCGACUUCUUGUACCAGGUGCUGGAGAGCGACCAGAUGGACGCCAAGCUGGCCAGCUGCAACUACCUGGCCCACGAGAGACUGAGCUAUGCCUUCUCUGUCUGGAGGAUGGAGGGGGCCUGGUCCACGAUGUCCGCUAGCCACUAGCCUGCCUGGUCCUCCGUGUCUGCUAGCCGCUAGCAUCCCUGGGGACGAGCAUGUCCUCUAGUCCUUUUCUAUUACCUACUAGCAUUCAUGGAGCGCCAUUUCUACCAUGUCUGUUAGCAGCUAGCUUUUGAUCACUAGCUUUCCUGGUCUAAAAUGUCACUAGCCAUUAGCCUUGUUUAGCCAUGGGCUAUUAGCCUCAAGCUAAUGCACAACCAUCCAGGCCAAACAGUAUGCUAGACUAUUAUUGUCUCUAGCCACUAGCCACAAACAUUGGACCAUGUCUCCUUGCCACUAGCCAGUUACUAGCAGUCCACCAAAUCUGGUAGCCAUUUGCCUCAAGCCUCUUUGGUUUCCAUGUCUGAUAGCCACUAGCUAUCAGUCUGCUAGCUAUCAGAUGUCUGAUAGCCACUAGCCCCCAAGUCCUUUACCCCUGCUAACAGCUAACCAGUCAUAAUUUCUGCUAGAAAUUAGCCACUAGCCUCCUUGAUCUCCAUGCCUGCUAACCACUAGCUCUCCUUAUUAGCCACUAGGCUACUUGGUCUCACUUGCCUCCAGUCUUGUUACUUAGUCACCCUUCAACUCAAAGCACCCCUCGACUUUGCACAUCUGCCUACCCUAGCGCCCCCCUUCCCUCCGCUCACCUCCUCACCCCGGGUCAACUUCCCCAGUUCCCCUCAGGACACCCUGACCCCUGACCACUGACCCCCGCUCUACGACCUGUCAGUCCAGGCUCUCGACCCCUCUCCUGCCCUGAAUCAGCACCCGACACCAAGCUGAGGGGAGGGCUCCUGCUGGUGGUUUAAUUACUUCCUGUGUCUCCAUCUCUGUAACCGUAACUAUGGAAACCUUCGGGCUUUCACCUUCGACCCCAGGCCUUGUCCGACGACAGGAUCUGGUGUUCUCCUCUCCUUCCUAGACCACCCACAGGGACAGGAACCCAUAAAAAUGGAGGUGAAAAAUCCCAAGUAUUGCUUCAGACUUUGUGGGAUGUCCUGUUUGGUGUUGUGAUUAGACGGCUCACCCGAGAGAGCAGUUCAGUCACCACUGGCUCCAGCACACCUGUGUCUGUUCUGGGGUUCCCAAUUCGCCAACACUCUGGAACCUUGGAUGCCAGGAGCCUUUUGAACAUCAACUCUGGAAUCCUCUGGAAUCUUCUGGAACAUCUCAAUGCUCCGGGUUCAACAUCAAUGUGCAUGCUGCAUAAAUGUUAAGUACAGGACUAGUGGUUCCAAAGGAAUACUGUCACUGGUGUGGAGAUCCUUAAUCUGGGGCCAGAGGCCUUCGCAUCACGCACUCUGAAGUAAGACGCCCCCCUCCCCCACACUCAUAACGUCUCCCAAAUCCCCUAAACCCCGUCUGUGAUUGAUUGCUCUUGUCCAGCACAGUGGAGCCAAGCUCACUUGUUCCCAGAGAACAAACUAGGCAGACUAAACCAAUCACCAACAGAAAGGAUUUCAUAACGACUCAGGUCAUUGACUCUGGGAUAACUGCACUUUAGAUCAUGAGAGUUGAAACCAUUUUGGGAUCAAAAACUGUUUCUUUCAAGUUUUUCCCCCUGGCUUUAUUAUGAAAGUGACAGUGGAGAGAAACAGGAAAUGUAGAAGAGUGAGGGGAGGACAUGAAGGAAAUGACCCAGGCUUGAAUCGAACCCGAACGCCUGUGUUAAAGCCUUACCCCCCGUGGUACACCGGCUCUAUCUGGUGAGCACCCCAAACAUGAUUUACCGGCUACAAAUUGUGAAGUGUGGUGCUUCCAUAGUCAUUGUGUAAAGCUUUUGAUAAAUGUACAACUAAUUGUUAACAAGCCUUACAAGAUACAAGCCUUUGGAACAGGGACAUAAAAACAGCUUUGGAAGAAAAGUUGUGUUUGUGAUGCACUUGUAGACUUCUUGAUUAACCAGAUGUUUUGACUGUGUGUGACUGCGUCUUUCCAGAAUGCCUGAACGACAGUCUUGUUGUUGUUUUGUGUGUCUACUAUGUUGUGUGUUCAUCUGGGUCCUGAAAUAAAUACUAGAAUCCUUAUU